ACGCUGCUUUCCAAGAUGGCGACGGAGGGAGGAGGGAAGGAGAUGAACGAGAUUAAGACCCAGUUCACCACCCGGGAAGGUCUGUACAAGCUGCUGCCGCACUCGGAGUACAGCCGGCCCAACCGGGUGCCCUUCAACUCGCAGGGAUCCAACCCUGUCCGCGUCUCCUUCGUAAACCUCAACGACCAGUCUGGCAACGGCGACCGCCUCUGCUUCAAUGUGGGCCGGGAGCUCUACUUCUAUAUCUACAAGGGGGUCCGCAAGGCUGCUGACUUGAGUAAACCAAUAGAUAAAAGGAUAUACAAAGGAACACAGCCUACUUGUCAUGACUUCAACCACCUAACAGCCACAGCAGAAAGUGUCUCUCUCCUAGUGGGCUUUUCCGCAGGCCAAGUCCAGCUUAUAGACCCAAUCAAAAAAGAAACUAGCAAACUAUUUAAUGAGGAAAGACUAAUAGACAAGUCACGAGUAACCUGUGUCAAAUGGGUUCCUGGUUCGGAAAGCCUUUUCCUAGUAGCCCAUUCAAGUGGGAACAUGUACUUGUAUAAUGUGGAGCACGCUUGUGGCACCACAGCCCCCCACUACCAGCUUCUGAAGCAGGGAGAGAGCUUUGCCGUGCACACUUGCAAGAGCAAAUCCACGAGGAACCCUCUCCUCAAGUGGACGGUGGGCGAGGGGGCCCUCAACGAGUUUGCUUUCUCCCCAGAUGGCAAGUUCUUGGCGUGCGUGAGCCAGGACGGCUUCCUGCGGGUGUUCAACUUUGACUCGGUGGAGCUGCACGGCACCAUGAAAAGCUACUUUGGAGGCUUGCUGUGCGUGUGCUGGAGCCCGGAUGGCAAGUACAUCGUGACGGGCGGAGAGGACGACCUUGUGACCGUCUGGUCCUUUGGAGACUGCCGCGUGAUCGCGCGGGGCCACGGGCACAAAUCCUGGGUCAGCGUGGUGGCGUUUGACCCCUACACCACUAGCGUGGAAGAGAGCGACCCUAUGGAGUUCAGUGGCAGCGACGAGGACUUCCAGGACCUUCUUCACUUUGGGAGAGACCGAGCAAACAGUACCCAGUCCCGGCUGUCCAAGCGGAACUCGACCGAGAGCCGCCCCGUCAGUGUCACGUAUCGGUUCGGCUCCGUGGGCCAGGACACGCAGCUCUGCUUAUGGGACCUCACGGAAGACAUCCUUUUCCCCCACCAGCCCCUCUCCAGAGCAAGGACGCACACGAACGUCAUGAACGCCACGAGUCCUCCUGCCGGAAGCACUGGCAACAGCGUCACGACCCCCAGCAACUCGGCGCCCCCUCCCCUGCCGCGGUCCAACAGCCUCCCGCAUUCCGCCGUCUCCAGCACCGGCAGCAAGGGCAGCAUCGCGGACGGGGCCAUCGCUUCCGGGGUCAGCAAAUUCGCGACGCUCUCACUACACGACCGGAAGGACAGGCACCAUGAGAAAGAUCACAAGCGAAACCAUAGCAUGGGACACAUCUCUAGCAAGAGCAGCGACAAACUGAACCUAGUUACUAAAACCAAAACGGACCCAGCUAAAACUUUGGGGACGCCCCUGUGUCCUCGGAUGGAAGACGUUCCCUUGUUAGAGCCGCUCAUCUGUAAAAAGAUAGCACAUGAAAGACUGACUGUAUUAAUUUUUCUUGAAGACUGUAUAGUCACUGCUUGUCAGGAGGGAUUUAUUUGCACAUGGGGAAGGCCUGGUAAAGUGCCAGCAGCGCCCUUCUCCUGCCGUCGGGAGGACAGAGUGCGAGGUGCUCUCCCAGACCAGGACUAAAGUUGCCGGCAGCUUGAGGAGAGGGGGCACAGGAGAGGGAGGGGGGCGGGCGGGCUCCUCCUCUCCUCCCUCAGAUUUGUUUCGGGGCCGCCACGGCUCUUGCAGACCUGGGUCAGGAGGGGGGUUGCUUCGAGGGGUUCCAGUCGCAGGUAUAUAAGGCACCGUGGCCACUAAAGGAAAUCUGGGGAGUGUUUUUUUGUAGUUUUCUCCCCAAAUUUUGAGCUUCCUCAUUGGAACUUUUCAGUUUUUCAGCUGAAACAUUAUCCUGAGCGAGAAUAUCUUUUCUAACCUAACCUCUGGGAUAAAACAGCUUUUGGCCAGAAGAGGUUAUUCCUACUCGCUCAGCACGAUUUUUCCACCGUGCACUGAGACGCGUCGAUGAAAAGCAGAGAAAUAAAGUGCUCAGGGUAGCACGUGAGCCGAGCUGCUCCCCCCCAACAAGAGGUGGCUCUGCCUGCCUGCCCGCCUGCGGCGACAGGACCCCCUCGGAGGGCACUAGCCAGGCUGUGGGGUCUUCCCUGCCUGCCCUGCCCUGGCUCGCCCCUUAAAGCUUCUGGGAAUUCCAGAGCUGGGUUUGUGUUGUGACCUGGGCGAUGCAGGCUGAACCCACCGGCCGCCCCAGCCCCAGCCCUUCUCUGUUUCUCCUCCGCUGGGAGAGCUGGGGUGGGAAGCCUUUGGAAAACCUGGCCUUCUUUUAAAGGCAAAUGUGUAAGAGGGAGUAGGCAGACUCUUUAAAAAUAACCAGUAGCUUUGGGUUCUAAAUUGAUUUAAAUAGCGGUAAAGAAUCUUAAUUUUGUUUUU